UCAAUCCUAUUGUAACUGUUUCCUCUUUCCUUCUUCUACUCUUCUUCAUCUUAUCCUUUCCGAAUAUUUUCCUUGUUUUCCUGCAUAUUCUCAUCUUGGUUCUGCAGAUUUUUUUUUCUUUCUUUAGGACUGAUUUUCCUCUCUUUAACAGUCGCGUAUAUUGCUAGCAAGUUAAUAUUUUCCAUCAUUAUUUUUUGUCUAUAUUCAAGAUUUUUUUUUUUCUCUUUGUUCACAUCUGAUGUUGCUGUCUAGUUUCCUCAACCGGAUCAGCAUCUGCUCGAUCAAAGAUCAAACAACCUCGGACAUGCUCAGUUGGGGACUGUUCCAUAAAAAGGGAGUUGCAAUAGUAUUUGAAGGCAUCUGGUUUCAUCAAGAGAAAUAGCACACGAACACGCACACGCACACGUCACGAUGAUGAGUAAGAUCAGCAACUUGAGUUCUGUAAGCAGUUCUGAUCUCAUAGAUGCCAAGCUUGAAGAGCAUCAGUUGUGUGGAUCCAAGCAGUGCCCCGGUUGCGGACACAAGUUUGAAGGGAAGCCGGACUGGCUAGGCUUGCCCGCAGGAGUGAAGUUUGAUCCCACAGACCAAGAACUAACAGAACAUCUUGAAGCCAAAGUGGAGGCAAAGAACAUGAAAUCACACCCUUUGAUAGAUGAGUUCAUUCCCACUAUUGAAGGAGAAGAUGGAAUUUGUUAUACCCAUCCAGAGAAGCUUCCAGGAGUAACAAGAGAUGGGUUGAGCAAGCACUUCUUCCAUAGACCUUCAAAAGCUUACACAACUGGGACAAGAAAGAGGAGAAAGAUUCAAAACGAAUGUGACUUGCAAGGUGGAGAAACCCGGUGGCACAAGACUGGUAAGACCAGGCCAGUGAUGGUGAAUGGAAAACAAAAGGGUUGCAAGAAAAUUCUAGUCCUCUACACCAACUUUGGAAAGAACAGAAAGCCCGAGAAAACCAACUGGGUGAUGCACCAAUACCAUUUGGGGCAGCACGAGGAAGAGAAAGAAGGAGAGCUAGUGGUGUCAAAGAUAUUCUACCAGACACAACCAAGGCAGUGCAACUGGUCAGAUAGAAGUGCAACAACUGGUGAAGGAAGUGGAGAACCUAACAACAACAGUACUGGUAGAAGGGACAGUGGAAGCGGAAGCUGUUCUUCUAAGGAAAUUGUUACUCACAGAGAUGAGAUGUCUGCUGUUGUUGGUGUCCCUCCAAUGACAGGUUUCACUACUCAUCAUCCUUUGGAUAUUCAACAGCUAAAACCUGAUCACUUUAGCUUCAUCCCUUUCAGGAAAACCUUUGAUGAGGUUGGAAUAGGAGAGGCUUCCACAGCAAGAGAAGUAGUGCAAGCAUCAGGUUCAUGUGAAGAAGUGCAUGAACGGCAGCGAGCACAACAUGUAGCUCAUCAUCAACAACAACAACAUGCUCAUCAUCAUCAAAUUUCAAAUUCAGCUUUUCAUAUCAGUAGGCCAUCACAUCCCAUCUCUACCAUUAUCUCUCCCCCUCCCCUCCACCACACUUCCAUCAUUCUCGAUGACAACAACUCUUACCAUGUCUCUAGAAUAAUGCUCCAAAACGAAAACUUCCAGCAACAACAUCAUAAGCUUGGAGGAAGGUCUGCGUCUGGUUUGGAGGAACUAAUCAUGGGUUGCACUUCAACUGAAAUCAAAGAGGAGUCGUCCAUCACAAAUCCACAAGAAGCUGAAUGGUUGAAGUAUUCUUAUUGGCCAGACCCUGACAACCCGGAUCAUCAUGGGUAGAAGAGGGUGAACCCAACAACAACAAAAAAGUAAAGGAGAGAGAGAGAGAGAACUGUAGAGAAAAAAACAAAAACCAUAUAGGCAGCAUCAUAGUCAUCAUCAUCAUUAAUGCUUGAAGCCUCCCUCAAGUUUCCUUUCAACAAAAUGACCAAGAAAUAAUAUCCAUAGUUUGCUCUCUUUUUUCUUCUUUUCCUAUCUGUGGAGGCCAAUUUAUAAAACUUUGGUGACUCUCACUGAAACUAUAACAGUGUGCUGCAAUGGGACAAGCUGGAAAGAAAGAACAAAGAGUAGAAGAAUGUAAAUCAAAGAGAAAGAAAAGAAAAGAAAAGAAAAACCCAAGAAAGGCUGCUGUCACUUUUGACACAUGGAGAGGGAGAACCAAAGACCCAAAGUAAAUGUAUCCUACUGCAUGAAAAUCACCACUAUUUUGAUUAAUUACUAUACCAUAUCCCUCCUAUAAUUCUUAUUAUUUUAUUGUUUUGAAAUGUUUGCAUAAUUUUACUUUUCUUGUUUUUUUUAUACCAGAAAUAUACCAAUGAGUUUGUGCAAAACUGCAAACCACCUUGUUACUUGUGCUGUAGUUAUUCAUCACUUUGUUGUUACACUAAAAUAUUAAUUGUUCUUUA